AACCUUGCGCGUGGCUCAAACAGCUCACGGUCACGGCUUCGCUUGUCCUCAUCAAGGGAGUGGCAGUUACGAAAUAAUCGGCUUUUUAUCAUUUACAACCCAGCACAACUGACAUAUAUGAUGACAUUGACACCCACAAGAUGUUAGAUCCUCAAGAAGGCACAUCUUCGAUGGACAACCUGUUUUAUGAUGGGCCAGUGAUUCAUAAAGUGAAGCCAUUAUAUCAUGGACAGUGUUCAAGGGUGUUCAAUGAUCCACCCUUAAUAUCAGACAUACCUGCAACAAACCCUUCCUUAUAUGGUUUCUCCCAGAGAUCAAAGACAUUUCUACCUCCGCCAAAGAAACUUAGUUACAAUCCUAUUGAAAGUGUCCAAGUGUCCAAGACACGGGAGCCAGAGGAAUCUUUUCUGUGGACACAUGAAGCCGCUGUAGAAAGAGGUUUCUCGAGUGCAGUGCAGGAUAUGGAUUGUGUUUUGGAAACCAGACCUUUACCUCCUGCCAGGUUUCCUGCGUUCAAGACUCGGUUGAGCACAGCUCCCGCAGGAAAGAUGUCAGGGAAUGCUGAAGACAGUAGGCCUAUGACAAAUCAGUUGAUACCAUUAACAAAUGAAGACGCUUUUUUGGGUCAGGUUGCUAUGACAACGAGCGGUUCGCAGGCUACACAUGCUGUUGCUACCUAUAGUCCUUUUAUUGGGUGGAGCCAAGCAGAGCAAUGUCGUUCUGCUGAACAAAACUGUGAAUUUCCUUCAAAGACCCAUGAUCUCCAGCUUGCUCCCAAACCUAUUCAAUUUGAAGGGUCAUCUGGAAAAGGAACUCUCCGUCCAGUCUCUGAAAUUCCUGCUGAAUUCAGAUGUGUAUUUAAAGAAUUCCCCUACUUUAACUAUGUACAGUCCCAAGCAUUGGAUGAUGUUCUGUACUCAAGUAAGAAUUUCGUUGCCUGUGCCCCUACGGGGUCUGGGAAGACUGUGCUCUUUGAGUUGGCCAUUAUUCGACUUCUGAUUGGAGCUUCAAAGCCCUGGCACAAUGUCAGAGCAGUGUACAUGGCACCAAUAAAGGCUCUAUGCAGUCAACGAUAUGACAACUGGAUGCAAAAAUUUGGACCUCUCGGACUAAAGUGCAAGGAGUUAACAGGAGACACAGAGAUUGAUGACAUUUUUGAAAUCCAGGAUGCUCAUCUAAUUUUAACAACUCCAGAAAAAUGGGACAGCAUGACAAGAAGGUGGAAGGAUAACUGUUUGUUGUCAUCUGUUCGUCUGUUUCUCAUCGAUGAGAUACAUGUGGUGAAAGACAAAACCCGGGGAGCCACUCUUGAGGUUGUGGUCACCAGAAUGAAGACCAUGCAUUCAUGCAGUCUGGCUGUAAAUUCAGAAUCAAAAGCAUCAAUAAGAUUUGUGGCUGUCUCAGCUACCAUCCCGAAUAUUCAGGACAUAUCUGAAUGGCUGUCGGAUGAAUCAGGGCCUGCCACUUGUCUGGCGAUGGAUGAAAGUCAUAGGCCAGUGAAACUGCGUCAAGUUGUUCUUGGGUUUCCCUGUGGAAGCAAUCAAAAUGAAUUCAAGUUCGAUCUGUCUCUCAACUACAAAAUCGCAAACAUCAUUCAGACCUACUCUGAUCAAAAACCAACACUUGUGUUUUGCUCUACAAGAAAAGGAGUUCAACAGUCUGCUGCUGUGCUUGCCAAAGAUGCCAGAUUCAUUAUGAGCAUUGAACACAAACAUAGGCUAAUGAAGUAUGCAAACUCUCUGCUUGAUUCAAAACUCAAAGAUCUCAUUCUUUGUGGCAUUGGAUAUCACCAUGCCGGCAUGGAGGUGUCGGAUAGAAAAGUGGUUGAAGAUGCAUUUACAGUUAGUGACCUGCCAGUGCUGUUUACAACUAGCACUUUGGCCAUGGGUGUGAAUCUUCCAGCACAUCUAGUGAUAAUCAAAUCCACGCUGCACUAUGUUGGUGGCGCGUAUGAAGAGUACAGUGAAGCUGACCUGUUGCAGAUGAUUGGGAGAGCAGGCAGACCACAGUUUGACACGACAGCAACUGCAGUGAUCAUGACUAGGUGUCAAACAAAGCACAGAUACCAACAGAUUUUGAGUGGCAUAGACAGCAUCGAGAGCAGCUUGCACACAAACUUGGUGGAGCACUUGAAUGCUGAGAUAGUUCUCCGAACCAUAUCUGAUGUGAACAUGGCUCUAGACUGGAUUCGUUCCACGUUUCUAUACAUCCGCGCAUUGAAAAACCCCAAGCAUUAUGGUUUCCCCCCUGACCUUGACAAAUGUGGAAUUGAAACUAAAUUACAAGAACUGUGCUUGAAGAACUUGAACUCUUUGGCUUCACUGAACCUGAUUUCCAUGGAUGAAGACAUUAACAUCAAGCCCACAGAGACUGGAAAACUCAUGGCCAGAUACUGUGUUGCCUUUGACACUGUAAGGCAGUUCAGUAAAGUGACUGGAACAGAGACUUUGCCCGAGCUGAUUGAAAUGAUAUCUAAGGGUAGAGAAUUUAGUGACGUGCAAUUGAGAGUAAACGAGAAAAAGACCUUAAACAUGCUGAACAAGGAUAAGAAUAAAACCACCAUCAGAUAUCCUAUGGAGGGAAAGAUCAAAAGUAAUGACAUGAAAGUGAAUUGUCUUAUUCAAGCUCAACUCGGCUGCAUCCCUAUUCAGGAGUUUGGACUCAUACAGGACACGGGAAAGAUAUUCAGAAAUGGAAAUCGAGUCAGCAAAUAUCUGACUGAGUUUCUCCAUCAUCACUCCCAGAAGAAUUUCUCUGCUCAACUCAAUUCUUUGAUACUUGCCAAAUGUUUCCGAGCCAAACUGUGGGAAAACUCACCAUAUGUUUCCAAGCAGCUUGACAAGAUAGGACAGUCUCUUGCCACAGCCAUGGUGAAUGCAGGGCUUACAACAUUCAGCAAAAUUGAGCAGAUCAGUCCUAGAGAACUAGAGCUAAUUGUGAACCGACAUCCUCCAUUUGGAAACCAGAUUAAAGAUGCUGUCAGUAAACUUCCAAAAUAUGAAGUAGCUCUGGAACAGAUUCAACGAUACAGUGUGUCCACCGCUGAGAUUGCAGUCACAGUGAACUUACAGAAUUUCAGGGAACUGACACUGAAACACACAGCACCAGACCACCACUAUGUGACUCUAAUUAUUGGGGACUGUGACAAUAAUGUAAUUUUCCAACAGAAAAUCAUGGAUGCAUUGCUCUUGAAGACUGGGAGUUGGUCAAAAAAAAUUGAGGUGAGAAGAUCAUCUAAGGGAGAAGAGAUCAGCAUUAAUCUGAUAAGCUCUGAAUAUGUGGGUCUGGACAUACAGAAGACAUACAGCACCUUCUUCUCGGCAGAAAAGAGGUUUGUCGCUGAAUCCCAAAUCGAAGAGAGCCCUAGAUGGAGAAUGCAGAGGGUUGUGAAACCAUUUCGAGAAAACCCGGAACUGACAAAUGAAAUGUCCUCAGACAGAGUUCAGACCCCUAGACAACGACAACAACAAUACGCUCAGUUCUUAGACAGAGAUCAAACGUCUCCAGAUACAGUUAAGAGGCAGUGUAAUCAUCUCUGCAGAAACAAGGAGCUCUGUGGCCAUGACUGUUGCAAAGUUGGAGUUGAAAUCGUCAUGAAAAGAGCAUCAAAUCGGUCCUCUUUCUCAACAUACCUUAAUGAUCUUAAAAUGAGGAAUGAGAGACUCACAGUGACUCCUGUGAAACGCUUGAAGAUGAUGAUGAAUACUGGAACAGCAGCUAUAAGCAUGCAGCAGUUCUCAUAUACACCCAAAGACACGCUUCCUGCUGUCAAGAACAUUAAGGGAACUCAUACUGUAAGUACAUAUGGCAACAGGAAAAUAGAGGAACGUUUUAUACCUCAUGAUACUUCAUCUUUUGAAGGUGAAAAUGACUAUAUGGGAAACUUCUUUUCUGAAAUUGAAGACUCUGUACUGGAACAUACUGAACAAACUACUUCUUUAGCUCAAGAUCACUGUCCUGACUUGAAUGAUUUCUUUAAUGUGAACUUUGACCUGGGAGUGGAUGACUGGGAUGAUUUCGAUGAAGGUAACUUGGUCAGUGCUAGCGAGAUGAGCUGUGAAUCGGAAAAAUGCAAUUCAGCGAUGGAACAUUAUCAACCCACAAAUGCUGGGAGUUUGACUGCAGUCGCACAAAGUCAGGCCCAAACCAAAAAUGGAACGAUAAGUCCUAUUUCACCUCAAAGGAUCCACCCUGUGGCUGUUACACACCAAUCUAGGGUGUGCCAAGACAUAAGCAUGAACACACUGUCAAACCAGAGAGAAGCCAAAAAACCUCCAGUGCUUGGAAGAUUUAAUUUUUUCUCGAUGACAGACACAACUCAGGGGGAAAACAGGGAUUGUGCAAUGGACAACAACAGUGAGGCAGAUCUUUUUCUUAAUAUAUUUGAUGGACUGCUGUAAAGUGUUUUAGCACUGCUAUGUAAAGUUCUUGGCUAUUUCUUGGAUUUUGUGUAAGGCCGGUAUAUAUAAAAAUAAUUAACCUUUCUAUCAAAACAUGUGAAAUGUCAGAAAGCACUGUACUAUUAUAUAAUUUUGUUCUGCAGGCAGCAAAUUUAUUAAGCAUCUUAUUGCUUUUAAAAAUACUGAACAGUAUAUUAAACUUAAUAGAUUUUCUCUUUCCUAAAAAAAUACUUUUGAGAAUGAAAAUGUGAGAGUUUUGUUUGAAACAUACUGAUUACAUUAAAUUUUGAAGUUUAAUCAAA